CAUAAUAAUUAUACAGUCAGCAUUGUCAGAAUAUGGCGAUGGAGUGACAAAAUUUGUCGAAAAGGAAGGAAAAUCAACCAAGCUAGAAGCCAGUGCAAAAUAUUGAACGUAUUGAAUUUUAGAGUGAUUGUGUAACCCAUUUUGGAUCACCAGUUAGUGAAUUUCAGUGAUUUCGUGCAUCUUUAAUAUUUUUUACAAUGUCUGCGGCCAUGGAAAACCACUUGUUCAAUUUGAAAUUUGCCGCCAAGGAGUUGGAGCGCAACUCGAAGCGGUGCGAGAAGGAGGAGAAGGCAGAGAAGGCGAAGACAAAGAAGGCGAUCCAGAAGGGAAACAUGGAGGUGGCCAGGAUUCACGCGGAGAACGCCAUCCGUCAGAAGAACCAGGCCGUCAACUAUCUGCGCAUGAGUGCUAGGGUUGAUGCGGUCGCUAGCCGGGUUCAGACUGCUCUUACUACCCGAAAGGUAACACAAUCAAUGGCAGGCGUAGUGAAAGCGAUGGAUGCGGCGAUGAAGUCGAUGAACCUGGAGAAGAUCUCCAACCUGAUGGACAAGUUCGAGAACCAGUUCGAGGACUUGGAUGUGCACAGCUCCUACAUGGAGAACACCAUGUCGCAGACGGUCACCACCUCUGUGCCACAGGGCGAUGUUGACAACCUCAUGCAACAGGUCGCAGAUGAGGCUGGUUUGGACUUGAACAUGGAGUUGCCUCCAGCGGACAACAUGAGUGUGACGUCAUCAAUGCAAGCCUCACAGGAACAGGACGAGCUGACUCAGCGUUUGGCAAGGCUUCGUCAGGCCUAGAAAAAUGCAAACCUUGCAAAAUACUCACGUAUAAUCUCAUUGUCUAUUGCUUGACCUGUUUCAAAUAUAGAACAGAUUUUGUACUCCGUCUUCUUGUAAUGUAUAUUUAGUUUAGCUUAUCAAAUUCAGUUGCUUCAUUAUAUUCCAGGGUAAAUUGUCUGGUAGCAAGAUUAGAAAAUUGCGAAAUCUUAAGAAAAAUAAUUGAGACAUAAUUAUAUUUUCCAUUUCUUGACCUGUUUAUGAAGAACAGAUUUUAUACUCCAUUGUCAAGAUUAGAGAAUUGCGAAAUCUGUAAUAAAAAACUGAGAUGAAUAUUAUUUUCUAUGAGUUUAUAUUAUACUGUUACUCAACCUUUAGUAGGCCCAUAUUGUUUCUGAACUAUAUAGUUGGUGUAUUUUGAUUUUAGGGGGAAACGUCUGAAUUCACUGCAGAUAAAUGGAAAAAAGCUUGAUAGCCUGGAAACUGUAUUUGUUCAUUGCUUGAUCUGUUUUCAAGAAUAAUUUUCUAUCCCAAAAAAGAUUUCAAUUGUAAUUGUAAAGGAAAAGCUGUAUGAAUGGAACACAAAAUGUUAAACACGAAUAAAGAAAUGGAAUAUUUUAAUUUAAGCUCUUGAAACAGAAUACAAAUAAAUAUCUCUUCUUGUAGCUAUUUUAUUACAGUCAAUUUAUAAUUCUGCUACUGUACAAUGUAAUUUUCAGUUUUCUACUCAUUUAGAAGUGGUAUUUGAUUUGGAUAAUCUAUAAUGAUUGAGAUAUUUCCUUCCUAAAGUCUCUAGAACGAAGUUUCAGAUUGAAAAUUUCAUAUUGGAGCACGUUUCAAAAUCUAGUUUUUCUUGAAUAUUUAGUUGAAGUGAUUAUUCUUAUUCUAUUAUCGAAUUGUAUCAUAAUAAAUUGUAAUUACUUUAUUUUUCUAGUGUGAUGGGUUUUCUAUGUUCACCAUUAAAUUUUACCCCUCUGAUAUUAAGUAAUCAUUGUAUAGUUUAUCACUCACAUAUUUUUCAAAUUAUAUUAUCUUUUAAUUAUUAA